AUGACAAUUCUACGAUACUUCUACGGAAAAUUCGCAUUGGCAGUUAUCUGUUUCGCUACUUUCUUCAUCACCUCUAGACACCUUAAUGAUUGGUCAUUUCAUACCUCUUCGCUAGUGACACCGUCCCAUCAACACCCUUGCAUCACACAUGCCAACGUCUCUGACCCCUUCAAAGCGAGGCCUUACGAUUCAUCAUGCACUUCCUUCCCAGCCACUUCCAACAUCCUCACUGUUGUCAAGACUGGUGCCACUGAGUCAUACUCCAAGAUCCCUACUCAACUUCUCACUGUCUUGCGAUGUCUACCCGACUUCCUCCUGUUUUCCGACAUGGAACAAGACAUUGCUGGUUAUCAUAUCCGCGAUAGCCUGGAUAAUGUGCUUUCCGAGGCCAAGAAAGGAAACCCGGAUUUCGACCUCUACCGCAGGCAGCAGGCUUGCGUUGUCGACCAGCAAGCCUGUAGUAGUGAAAAGAAGCGCGAUGGGAAGCCUGAGGGAUGGAAUUUAGACAAGUACAAGAAUGUCCACAUUGCAGAGAAGACAUACCAACUCCGUCCUAACUAUGACUGGUAUCUCUUUAUCGACGCUGAUACGUAUGUACUUUGGGGCAAUCUAGUUCAAUGGUUGGGUACAUUGAAAGACCCGUUCACCAAGAAAUAUUACCUCGGUAGCAUGACCCUCAUAAAUGAUUUCGGCUUCGCUCAUGGUGGAAGUGGAUACAUCCUUUCGCAAGCAACAAUGCAGGGCCUUGCGAAAGAUCGCUUUGGUAUCGCUAAUCAGUAUGAUAUGAAGGCCAAGGAAUCGUGCUGCGGUGACUAUGUAAUGGGUUUGGCGUUGAAGGAGAUAAGUGGCGCCCAUGUUUCUCAGUCCUGGCCAACUAUAAAUGGUGAAAAGCCCCAUACUAUCCCCUACGGAUCUCGUCAAUGGUGUCAUCCGCUUCAGUUCGAAAAGAGCUUCUAUGAGUCCAAUACUGCAUUCGAUCUCGCCCUGCGAUUCAAGGAUGUCUACUACGAGUUCGUCGCCCUAAAGCUAGCAGUGAGGCGUGACGACUGGGACAACCUCAGCGAGGACGUGCUAUACCUUGAUCUAGAUCACGGCGAGCGAUACACACAGCAGCAAAAGGAUCGCGCCAAGAAGCCGUAUCAACGAUUCCGUGUCGUAGCCGUCGAAUUAGACGCCCAUAAGUCGUUCGAACACUGCCGCAAGCUAUGCGACAGUGUCAGCAAUUGCUUCCAAUUCUCUUACCACAAUGGUGCAUGCACCUACAACAAGUCUUUCAUGCUAGGUAAGCCAACUGCGAAGACAGAUGAUGAGCAAGAAAAGUGGACCAGCGGAUGGAAUAUCGAACGGAUCCAGGCUUGGGUCGAGAAACAGGGAGAGUGCAAACAGCCGAUUUGGCCUAACAUUUGAUACUCUGGUCAAUUCUCAAGAUGUAGCUUUUGUUAGGAGGCGAUUUUGAGAGGGGAUAUAACAUAAGGCUUUAGUAAAGCUAUCCUGGAAGAGAACUAAGAGCUUACUUCCUGGAGGUUCAGAAAGUUGUGUAUAUUUUGCCCCUGAUAUGGCUGAAAAGAUUUUGGCCAAGACCUUGGUGUAUCUAAAAAGUCGCUGUCAAACUGUUGGGUUACCGAUUAUUGUAGCCUCUCGAAUUGUGAACGACUGCCAACACUUGCAUUUGUGUACUACUGAAGAUGUCAAUUCACCGCAAUUAUUUUUAUCGCAUUGGUAUAUUUA